AUAGAUUUUCUUAUUUGUGCUGUUAUCGUUUUUCGGAGUAUGGCUGCAUUUGGUAAAAUUGCGAAUCGAGUGCUAAAUUUGGCACCAAAUUUACGGCCAUUACAAAGAAAUCUUCACAAAUUUCAUAGUGCCAAAAGUGUGCCAAAGAAUUAUACAAAAUAUUUAGUGUUUGUGGGUGGUGGUCUAACUGCAUUGAUAUGUACAAAUUAUCUCAAAUCCGAACGUUUGGAUGCUGCUUUUCGCAUGCGAAAGAGCGAAGAUGAAAAUUUGCUUAAGAAAUUGACAUCACGUGAGCGUCGCUUCAUCAAGUUUGCAUCGGUGGAAUAUCGUGGACAAUUGUAUAUGACACCACAGGAUUUCCUGGAUUCUGUGGUCGAGCAGGAGCCUAGACCACGCCUGAAACGUCGUAUGCUGACUGACCAAGACUUGCAGACCAUAAAAGACAACACACCGCCUUUAAAAAAAGGCACAAAACUGUUAUUUCGCACGCUAAGAGACAGAGGCAUUGUUUCGUACACAGAGUAUCUCUUCCUAUUAUCCGUUUUGACUAAACCCAUUUCCGGUUUUCGCAUUGCAUUCAAUAUGUUCGACACUGAUGGCAAUCAUCGCGUUGAAAAGGAUGAAUUUCUAGUGAUUUUGAGAAUUUUGGGUGGUACUUUCAAGCAGUCUAAAGUCGACGAAGAAACGCGUAAACUUUUGUUAAGUUUAAUUUGGACUCAAGAAACUGCGGACGCAAUAUUUAUCAAAGCUAUAAAGAAAGCUAAAGGGAGUACCAAAGAGGGAGAAGAUAUGGAACGUAUUUUUAGUGGCGUCUGGAAGGGUAAACAGCAGCCCAAGGACGAUAAGGAUAAAAAGCAAACGAAAGACGAACCUAUGAGACGUGCGCAGGACGAUUAUAUCGAUGACGAUGAGGGUCUGCAGCGCAAACAUCGCAUCGACACCACACUGCAGAUCCAUUUGUUUGGCAAGAAGGGCAAUCAGGAUCUCAACUACGAUGGCUUCUACAAAUUUAUGGACAAUCUGCAAACAGAGGUGCUCGAAUUGGAGUUCAAUGAGUUUUCCAAAGGCAAUGUGGCGAUCACCGAAAAUGAUUUUGCCAAAAUUUUACUGCGUUAUACCUAUUUGAAUACGGAGGAAUAUGAUGCAUAUUUGGAGCGUCUAAUGGAUCGCAUCAAAGAAGAACGUGGCAUAACAUUCGAUGAGUUUCGUGAUUUCUGUCGUUUCCUAAACAAUUUGGAGGACUUUGCUAUCGCUAUGCGUAUGUAUACGCUGGCCGAUCGUGCCAUCUCACAAAGUGAAUUCUCGCGUGCUGUAAAAAUUUGCACUGGCUUCAGCCUUAGCAAACAUUUAAUUGACACAGUCUUUGCUAUUUUCGACGACAAUGGUGACGGCAUGCUGUCCUACAGAGAGUUCAUAGCGAUCAUGAAGGAUCGUGUGCAUCGUGGCUUCAAAGUAAGUCAUUGGAAAGUACAUGAGUACGAUCUGGCAAAUGAUGAAUUUAUCGAAGCUUGGCGUCAACGCGUCUGUCGCCGCUUAGAAUAUUUCAAAGACGCCGAGUUAUUCUCCUAAAACUGACUAACUUACAUUUUAAUUAUCAAAAUUUUAUUGAAAACUUUUGAAAUCAAUUCAAUUGUAUACCGCUUAGUGCUGCAUUUGAGUUCUCAUUUCUUGAGCGCCAUGUGCGCCAUAGCGUUGUUUGUUCAAAACAUUUCUUAACACCUUUUUGAUACUAAAAGUGCAUGUUGUUUCAUUGUGUAUCCAUAACUGUUUUUUGUUCUGAAUUUUUGUUUGUACACAUUUCUAAUAUUUACAAUUUCAUUUAAUAAUCUUCUUUUUUUAAACUGAAAUGUGUGAAAUCAGCAUGAGCUUAUAUAUCUUGCUUUAUAUUGGUUUACAUUUUAAAGUGCCCCAACAUCCGCAACAAAAAUGAAAAUAGUAAAUUUUUUCAUUCUAAGUAAAAAUAAUUUUUAUUCUACAAAAUCUCAUUACGCAUUGCGUGUCAUAUUUAUAAAUAUACAAUUGUUAUAUGCGCUUAUAUUUGUGUAAUUAGUUAAAAACCAUUUGAUAAAUACUGUCAUUCCAUUAUAUGUUUCGUAAAAAAAAUUAAAAACUCGAAAUUCCUUGCUGAUUUGUUUAAUGAACAUUAGAACAUUGCCUAUAAUAAUUUACUCACUUUUUAGUCUUUAUCAUUUACAUUCUUAUUAAUAUUCAUAUACAUAUUUAUAAAUAAAAAACUAAUCAUUUUAAAAUCUGAUUUUUUUUGUUUUAUUGUUUGCAAAUGUUAUACUUCUACUAUAUUUAAUUUAUUUUUUCAAUCACUGCCACAUUGCCAACAAUAAUGCAUGAGUUUUAAAAAUCUUUAUAGUUGUACGUAUGUAUGCACUACAUAUACUUUAGAGUGAGCAAAAAAAAAACUUUUCUAGAUGCCGUGAAAAUAUCGUCCGAAAUAACGAAAAAAAAAAUUGGGUAAAGUUUUAUCUCUUUGAGGUGUUUUAUAUUACCUUAAGAGGCUAUAUUAAGUUUGCGACAACUCAGAAGUAAAUGUCGGAGACCCUUAAAGGCAACCCUUAACAAUGUUAUUUUGCACACUAAGCGAAAUGUCGGAGACCCAUAUCCGUGGUUGUUGUUGUUGUUGUUGUAACGGCAGAAGUUACAGUACUUAGCCGGAUAAAAAUCCUUAUCUGUUCCGGCUACAUAGACCCGACUUUCGUGGGAACAAGCCCAUGUCCGUCUAUCUGUAUAUACGCAAACUCAGUUCUUGAGAUAUCGAUCUGAAAUUUUACACACGUCUUUUUCACCCCAGAAACAACCAUAUCAUAUUGAAAACUUUUAUUUGACGAAAUUUUUUCCCGAAAAAUAUCUUUUCGAAAACUAAUUUGUAAAAGAACACAAAUUUAUUAUUAAAGCGAAUUUAGCGCUUAUGAAUUCAGGAGAAUUGAAUAUGAAAUUUUUGUAUGGAUACUUCUAACUGAAAACUCAAAAAAUAUAAAUUUUUCGAUGAGCUUUAUCAGUACUUCCUUUUUGAAAAUAACCACAAAUUACUAAACAAUGUCAAAUGUUAUAUAUGGCACCUACAUAUGUAUGGGAACAUCGUAAAUCAACAACAUUUAUGGGGUUACAUGGGUUUCGUCGAGCAAAAAAACGCCCUAUUUUCAAUAUUUUUAUUUCGAAAUGAAAGAUUUUAUUUAAACUUAUUAUUUCGAAGAUACAUAUUUGAUAAAGAUUUUGCGAAAUUUUCAAAGGAAAAUAUUCGAACUCGGUCAUUACGACGUCAUUUGCGCCAGUACCUCGGAAAAAAGGUGCUUCCGUGUUGACAGCAAAACUUCUGUCAAGAUUAUCGAAAGUAAAAAGCAAAAAAAACGUGUUUGAACUAAGACCAUUAACUAGGUAUUGGACGGAGGAAAAACAAAUAAAGUGAAAAUUGUAUUUUUGACAGAGGUUUUUCCAAAAAAAUGCAAAUUUUGGUGAAAAUUUCUCGACGUUUUUUGUUCCUUUAAAUAGUUUCGAAAAAAACGCGUAUUAGGUGACUAUAAAGCUGACCUCGAGCGCGCAACUUUUCAAAGCUGUAGCUCCAAAACUAUUACCGGUAUCAACAUGAGAAUUUAGAACAAUAUUCUAGAGAUAUUAUAGAAUUAAAUAAGAAAAUAAAUUUUUUUUUUUGUUUUUUGUAGCCAUGAAACCCAUGUAACCACUUAAUAUAUGUAUGCGAUGUGUGACUUAAAAGCGGUCGAAGCCUUUUUCUUUAUUUAACUUGUGCUGUUUUUCAUUCAAUAAAAUAAAAUAAUAGAAAAUCUUUUCUUUGCAGUCCAACGCCAAAUCGGAGGGCUGGGACGCUUUCCGGCACUGUGUGAAGCACGAAAUGAAGCACGCCGAAUCUAAGUAAAACGAAAGCAACAGCUUUUUCGAUAUGCUUUUUUUUUUGAGUAAAACGCUGAACUACGAAAAAAAGUUUUUCGUUUUUUUUUUUUGUAUAAAAGUCGUGAAAAUACGAACAAACAAAAAAAUACUAAAUAUGUUACAAACGAAUGGCAUAACAUUCUAAUUAAUAAUUAAUUACAAAAGCAAAUUAAAUUCAAACAACUGCAUAUACGCCACAAAAAAUAUAAAAACUGCUUAAAAAGCCGCGUGCUGCAGGCUAGCCAAAGGUAGCUAGCAAAUUGUGUAUUAUUUAUGUAUUUGUAAAUGACUGCAUUUAUGUACUUAUGUAUAUGUGCAUAUGUAUGUAUUUGUUUUUUUAAGUCAAAAUUUAAGUAAUUUUCAAACAAGUUGUACUUUUGCAUAAGCAAAAUAAUUAUUUUCGCGUUUAGUAAAUUAUUUUAUGUAUAACUUAUAAUAUUAUAUAUAUAUAUGUAUGUAUAAACUUAUUUAUAAUAUCGUCAUGUUAUGUUUAUGAGUUUGUUUAAUUGUUUCAAAUUGUAUUUUUGUUGACUAAUUUUAUUAAUUUUUUCUUUUUGCAAAUGUUAUUUGUUGAAUGGUGAACGCAGUGCAGGCACUCCACAGCUUAAUACUUAUACAAACUACACACAUAAAUACUUAAAUAUAUGUAUGUGCUAAAUGAGCGUUUAAGCAAAGUUUAAUUGUUUCAAAAAAACAAAAAAAAACAAGAUCAUAAACAAAUAAAACGUGCUAAUAAAAAGCUAUAA